AUGUCGAGUGCGGAUUAUGAAGAACGUGGGGGAACUGCAGCUUCUCGCGCAACCUCCGCCUUCCACUCCGACGCCGACCUCUCUCAUUUCUUCGCACCUCAGCCCUCCUCCAGUCUCGACGACACCGACUCCUCGACUUGGUCCAGCCUAGGCGGUGCUCUGACUGGAAAUACCUCCGCCGACCUUUCACCCACCAACUACUCCUCCACAGCCACCUUCAACCUCAACACCACUCACUCGAACAAGUUCACCAGUACCAAUCUGGAUCUCGCCACAUCCCAGUCUUUGACUCGCGAUGAGUCGCUACUUCGAGACGACGUCUUCCCAGAGUGGAAGACUGAGGCUCAUUCCACCGACGUGGAGAGUCCAGAAGAGCUACAAAAGAAGGAUCCAUUAGGCACUCAGAUCUGGAAACUCUACAGCCGGACAAAGUCUCGUCUUCCCAAUCAAGAGCGCAUGGAGAACUUGACCUGGCGGAUGAUGGCGAUGAACCUUCGCCGUCGAGAGCAGAUGCAAGCAGCGUAUGCCAACAACACCCAUUCCGGCAGCGACAAUCGCAUGGCCGGCACUGACGCUUUCUUUAGUGCAAAGCAAGCCCAACCAAAGCCGACUCCGCAGACCUCUGCCCCCAGUGGCAUUGCUCAGCAACUACGAAAGUCAAUCGACAACUCCGCCGAACAAUCUGCACAACCCAGUCAGCAUGAAUAUGAACAGGAGCACGAGCACGAGCACAUGCAUCCCUCUGAUCCCAUGAACCUUGACGAUUUCAUCGUGCCAAGUUCUGUUGCCUCGCCUUCCGGCAUAACUUCACCCGACUCCUCCGGACAGCAAGACCAGAGGCAGGAACAAGCGGGAGGGAUUCCAAUUGCUACACGCAAGAAGCCACAAGUCGAGAUCCCGCAGGGGCUGCCUGCUGCCUCUAUGCCCCAAACAUCAGUCCCCAUACACAGAUCGUCUGAAUUCGACUAUGUACCGAAAAGAGUACGAAAGACCAGUAUUGAUGAAAGAAGAGGAAACCGAAAACGACCGGCCGAGUUCUCUCCCCAAGUACCUCCAUUGAUUGUCCCCAAUGGUACAGGUCACUCGGAGAUGGAUCAUGCUGUUCCUGACUAUGCUCUUGACCAACACACCUCACCACAAUAUACUGGUCAGGCUAAUUUCCAGGGCCAAAUGGCCCUGCAUCUCGACUCUGUCCACCUCAAUGAUGACCCCAUUCUCACCUCCGCGGGCCCUUUCCAACACAGCCUCGCCUUCUCUCCUGCCGCUUCGCCAAUGGUGACUAAUGGCCCCUUCUCAAACAUGUACCCCCAAACCUCGAUGGCCUCCUCCUUGACUUCCACCGAUAUCUACUCACCGCCCCAGUCUGGCUACCAAUCGGCCGUGUCGACGCCUCAGCCCGGUCAGGAAAACGACUCUAACCAGUAUUAUUUUGAUCAGGGUAGUCAUCCGCGGGCGAUGUCCUUUUACCCAUCUCAGAGGCCUAAUCAUCUGAUGAAUCCUCUGGCAUCUCAAUUUGCUUAUGGGCCCAAUAAUGAACAGAUCUAUACUGCUAUGAACGGCGUCGGCUCGGCGCCAGCCAUGAGCGGAUUCUCCAUGCAGCAACACGUCGAUCCCUCGAGCGUUCUUGUUCCAGAGUAUGGACAUGGACCGUCGCCCGGAGUAUCCAUGGCUGGAAAUGACAACAUGUUCCAUUUUGGAGCCGACUCGGACCAAGAAGAUGAGGAGGGCAACUUUGGGGACCCAAGUCUAAUGAUGCAAUCAGAAUACGGUCAGAUGGGAGACCCAACCUUAGACCUCAGCUCGAGUUUGCAAUGGGAUCCGAAUGUCACUGAUUUCGGCAGCAUGCCGCGAUAUGGCUCAGGAAAACAGGUUCGAAUUGGCGGCACCGAGAUGGUGAACUCACCACCGGACUGGGGCUCUUCGAUGUUGAGUCGGACCCACGGUUCGGCAGCCUCGAUCAGCGACAUCCGCAAUCGUGAUCCGGACCCAAGGAGACAAAAGAUCCCGAGGACGACGUCGACACCUGCGCUCUCGAACCAUCAGAUGCAGUCCAACCACAGCUCUCCUGCGGAGUCCGCGUUCAGCAGUCGGCAGCCAUCGAGACCCAGCAGCCCUGGUCCUAAGAACACCGACCAGAACGGUGUGCCAACAACCUGCACGAAUUGUUUCACUCAGACUACACCAUUGUGGCGUCGGAACCCAGAAGGUCACCCCCUCUGUAAUGCUUGCGGGCUGUUCCUCAAACUGCAUGGUGUUGUGCGUCCCCUGUCGCUGAAGACGGAUGUCAUCAAGAAGCGUAACCGCGGAAGCGGCACGACAAUGCCCAUGGGCUCGGCAGCGACACGGGCCUCGAAGAAGGCAUCUCGAAAGAAUUCGGUUGUCCAAACUCCAGCAACGACUCCUACCUCAGCCAACGCUGCAAGUGAGCAAAACUCGGCCUCCCCCGCCUCGGUACAAGGCUCCAUCCAUUCCGGAUCCGCUAUGACCCCGCCAACCACCUAUCCCUCCGGCACGACAGGAGGCAAACCUGGGGUUGUGCCCAUCGCUGCGGCACCCCCCAAACCACCUGUCCAACCUGGUCCUAAUAUGGCCCGACCUGUCCAGGUGACGCCGAAACGUCAGAGGAGGCAAUCCCGGACCUCUACCACCACUCUGCCUCUUAUGACAGGAACAUCUGUGACUUCUGGAAACUCCGUGAACUCAGGGUCACCCAUUGAAACCGAGAUGCAGGAGGCCAGCCACUCAACACCCACCAUGAGUCAGGCACCUGAUCCCCGUACGAGAGCCACCAGCAUCUCCUCUACGGCUGGGGCCACUACCAUGGCUUCUGUGAUGCAAAAUGGUUUGCUCAAUGCCGGCGUCCAAAACGUGCCGGGAGGCCCGCACGGCAACAGCCAAGAGUGGGAAUGGCUGACCAUGAGUUUGUGA